GACUCAUGCUGCGGCGUGUGCUACAAAUGUUACCUUUCCCCCUGUCCAAGACGAGCGCUUCCCAUUUGGAACUAGUAGUAGUAGUAGUAGCAGCCCACUUGCGAAGUCUCUCGCUCUCCCCCGCUGGCUGGCUGGGUGGCUCGCAGUCUUUGAUUGUCUUUUAAGGUUUUUAUUAUCGUGGAGAUGUGUUACUACUCUUAGGUCUGCGUCUGAUCUCUCUCUCUCUCUCUCUCUCUCUCUGUCCCUCACUCGCACUUGCACUCGCACUCGCACUCGCACUCACUUCAUUGCAUUCCAUUCCAUUCCAUCUCAUUUCAUCUCGCUCUCUCGCUCUCGGUUUUUGGCUCGCUAUUUGCCGGUCUGUUUGCCUGUCUGCCUAUCUCUCUUGGUUGCUUGUGUGCUUGUGAGCGAGCUCGCUGGCUAUGGCGGAUUCCCAGCUUUGAGUUAUCAAACAUCGUGCAGCCGACAUCUAUUGGCUAGGAGAAAGCGUUGAAGGCGUAAUUUUGGACUUGUACUUAGCAUACCUGACGAGUGGGAAGUAGAUUCGUUUAAGCAAGUGUGUGGGUCGAUCAACGUCAAGCUGAUGCGGGAUCGUAUUGCAAAUGGUGGUGAGAGGCGGAUCCCUCAAGGAACGCUUGAUAUGAUGUCGGAUACGUGGGAAUUAACUCCAAACUGUUUAAAUCCUAUGUUGAGCGACAAGUUGCCGAAGUCGGAACCCGAAGUAGCCAUGAAAACCGCUACGGAUGGCCUCUGGAUCCCUGGACCUAAUAAUGAUGAAUACCCGGCUACAAAACAUAAAGGAGCUAACAAAGUUCCAUUUAUAAUUGGAGUGGCUGGGGGUACUGCAUCUGGAAAGACCACCGUGUGUGAUAUGAUCAUUCAGCAGCUUCAUGAUCAUCGUGUUGUCCUCGUCAACCAAGACUCGUUUUACCGGGGCCUAACGGCUGAAGAAAAGGCGAAAGUGGGUGAAUACAAUUUUGAUCAUCCAGACGCAUUUGAUACGGAGCAGCUACUUGAAUGCCUGGAGAAUUUGAAAGCUAAUCUGCCAAUUAACAUACCUGAGUAUGAUUUCAAGAGGCAUCAACGCUGCACUGACAAGUUUCGCAAGGUCAAUGCAUCUGAUGUAAUUAUUGUGGAGGGAAUAUUGAUCUUUCAUGAUGCUCGUGUUCGGGAGUACAUGAAUAUGAAGAUCUUUGUUGAUACAGAUGCUGAUGUGAGGCUAGCGAGGAGGAUAAGACGGGACACUCUGGAGAGAGGCAGGGAUGUCAAUGGUGUCAUUGAGCAGUACGGGAAGUUUGUAAAACCCGCUUUUGAUGACUUUGUGCUACCAACGAAAAAGUAUGCGGAUGUGAUAUUGCCCCGUGGAGGAGACAACCACGUGGCUAUUGAUCUUAUUGUGCAACAUAUCCGCACAAAACUUGGCCAACAUGACCUUCGCAAGAUCUACCCAAACGUUUUUGUGAUACAGUCUACUUUCCAGGUCCGGGGUAUGCAUACCCUGAUUCGGGAUCAAGAGACACAAAAGCAUGACUUCGUCUUCUAUGCUGAUCGUUUAAUUCGAUUGGUAGUGGAGCAUGGACUAGGUCAUUUGCCGUUCACUGAAAAACAAGUCAUCACGCCAACAGGGUCAAUAUAUGUUGGAGUAGACUUCUGCAAACAACUUUGUGGUGUCUCCAUAAUAAGGAGCGGGGAGAGCAUGGAGAAUGCACUGCGGGCGUGCUGCAAAGGCAUCAAGAUUGGAAAGAUUUUGAUACAUCGCGAAGGAGAUAAUGGGCAACAGCUUAUCUAUGAAAAACUGCCCCGUGAUAUAGCCGAUCGGCAUGUUCUACUUAUGGACCCUAUUUUGGGAACAGGAAAUUCGGCUAUUCAAGCUAUAUUGUUGCUACUUCAGAAAGGAGUACCUGAGUCUCAUAUAAUAUUUUUGAACCUUAUAUCGGCUCCGGAGGGCAUUCAUGCUGUGUGCAAGAAGUUCCCUCUUUUGAAGAUUGUUACCACAGAAAUUGAUGCUGGGUUAAAUGAUGAAUUUCGUGUAGUACCUGGAAUGGGUGAAUUUGGAGACCGGUACUUUGGCACCGAUGACGAUGGACCAGAGCGAAUGUACAGAGUCCCGAUUGAAACCAAACCCUCACAAGCGCAGUGUACCCCUUUGAAGAGUCUAAGUAAUGGCAAAUGUUAAGUAUACAUAUUAGCCCGAUCACAUGGUGGAAGCAGACAGGCACAAUGUUGGAGAGCUUUACAUUUUCGGGAAUAUCCGGGAAUCUUCAGUAUUGUAAGGCUUAAAGCUUGGCAUUUUCUUUUACAGACUAAGCGUACGGGAAGGAGCAACCUCCUUGUACUCAAACAUGCAUUUGAGGUUUGUACAGUGUUUUCAAGCCAGAGAUGCAGUAUAAUUCUGUCUUUUCACGUAAUAAUUUCUGUGCUCUCCAAUGACUAGUGUUUGCGCUUGAUUUUUGAGGUCUUAAACGCUGUCGUGUGUUGGUUUGGAACCUCCUGUCCGCUCAUGGGUACUUUAUUAAUUAAAUUCAGCUGAAUUGUAAAAACUUCCCUAGGUGGUGAGGCAUCGAACAAUUUAUCAGGGGUUCUAGAGUGGCAUGUCUCAUUUCAUCAUUAUAUCCCAUUAUCCCUCUGACGCUGUGACUAUUGAUAUAAUGGAAUGAUGUUUACUACUUGCCAGUUUUGUGGAGAGGCACAAAACGCCAAGCCCGUAAGAAAUAACUUAUUUGCAUGGGUGAUUAAGAAAAACACCCACGUUGUCAGUGUCACGACAUGCACGCGCAUUAUGGCUCAGUCAAACGCAAGGGAGGAAACUCACUGACGGUGUUGCUUGUAAUGGUAUAACACAUGUCCAAACUGGAGAGCGUAGACGCCAUACGAACCACAGACCUUAUGAAGAAAUGGUGCGGUGCACAGUUAUGUGAGCAAUAAUUUUUGAAAGGAUCGACUGGUACCGACUGACAGCACAAGAUUCAACCUUGAUUUUCAACGUCCACUUUUGCAGUCUGGAACUGGGUUCAAGAUUCCACAGCUCGGGGCUAGCUGCUCAUUCCUAACUCCGACACUCCAGCAAAAAAUCACACCAACAUCAGGAGGAACAUGGGGCAUAGAAGCGGUCUCAGCUGGGUAUCAGACACAGAGAGCAGCUAAACGAGCCAGAAUAGCAUUCUCUCAGCAGUGUAGAUGGGGAGCCAUGCCAAAGCAGGACCCACAUGAGCUGGAUUGCAAUGGGACGAAGAAAAGGCAGAUCAACACACCAUCUCCCGUUGCGUGUGUGUGUGAAAAGAUGCCACAACCCAAACAAGCAUGUGAAAGAUGCAACAAGUUCGGAAGCUUGCUGGAGCAAGCAAGCGCUGUCCUCACAAAGUCGCAGAUUUUUACUGUGGCUUCGGAGUAGUUGAUGAGGUUGUGAUCCAUCAAUUGUAAGCUGAAAGGUGUGUGAAUUCUACGUUCAGUUCUAUGCCCCUUUUAUUGGCAGUAAUAA